UCGCUCACUGCUGCUGCGUAGGAACCAAACACCAAACAACACUUCAUCCGGAGAAGUCGUAGGUGUUCCUUACAUAAACUAAAAACUCAAUAUAAAACCUAAAAAUGCACUCGGUCCCACUGGACAGCAGUGGCUCGCCAAUUAAAAGGACUUUUUCUCGCGGACUGAGCGAAGAUGAGUCUCUACGCAGCAUUAUAAAAGAGACCGAGAGCCCCUCCAGGCGUGUGACGCGGAGUGAUAGCCGAGCAGGCACCCUGAAGAAGAGGACGGACAGCCAGCAGUCUGACCAGGACCUCUUCAUGGGACUGCCAGAAAUGCUGGAGCUGCAGGCCAGCUACGAUGAGGCGGUGCAGGAGCUGCGUGGGCUGGAGGUCGAGCGAGAGGCUCUGUUGUUCCAGGUGGACGUCCUGCAGGACUCGCUGGAGGGUGUGGAGGAGCUGCUGGCUGAAGCCCAGAGAGAAGCCGGACAGGCCAGUCUGGAGCUGGAACGAGAGAGGGAGGACAAGAGGAAACUGGAGAGCCUCGUUUCUUCUCUGAUGCAGGAGGUGGAGAGAUUAAAAGAGGAAAGGGAAAACAGUCCGGCUGCUCCAGUGAACACGACGGAUAAAACACAUACAAGGGAGAGUGACACCUUGCUGUGUAAAACUUGCUGUAGAGAAAGUAAUGAAGGAUUAGCUGCUGCAAAGAAAGGGGGACCGGACGUGGAGGCCUCAGGGAGCACCCAGCCAUGGAGCCAGCCGCCUUCUCUCUCUGUGGCCGAGCCAGUCUCCAAAGACGGGGUCCUCCAGAGACCCUAUGAAGCCCACGCAGAGGACGGGAGGGACCCUUCUCCAGAUAGGAACGACUCUGAAAGCCUAAGUGCCUACGAGGAUGCAUCUGCUGAGACGCCAGAAGGUGACGAGUUCUUCCCGGACGACGGUAACCUGCCACACGAUUCAGAGAGCAAAGAGCAAGAUCCAACUCGCAGCUUCCAGAGCCAGAGCGAAGAGCUAAAAAACCCCGAAGCCUGUGUCUUGUCUUAAUUUUGGUUGAAAAAAGCUCAGGAGCAAGGCACCUUUUUUUAAUUCAAGAAUUCAGCUUUUCAGUUUGAGAUGAUUAUUACUGUAGAAAAACUGUAAUUCCAGCUGCAAUCAUUCUUCAGUCAGUUAAUCUGUGGAACGAUCCCUUUCUGUCAGGCAAAAUUGCCAAACGUUUGCAGGUUUCAGCUUCUUAAAGAUUAGAAUUUGCUGCCGUUUUUGGUCACAUCCAGACCACUGAAAAUUCUGUCAGGUGUUUGAACCAUUUUUAUGUUACCUUUUAUGAAGUUAUGAUCCUUUUUUAAAUGAGCAUUUCAUAAUAAGGAGCCAAGUCACUGAUUGAUUGAUUAAACGACUCCUUAAUCUAUAACACACUCUAAUCAAAAUACACUGUUGUUGAAAUUGACAACAAGCUCAGGAUCCAAAUGGUGUGUUACCUGAAAAAGAGGAAUCUGGCUACAUUUAUGCUUGUGGAGCAUUGCUUUCCGAUAUGAAUUAACUUUUCUUUUAACUUUUUUUUUUUUUUUUUUAAGGGAUUGAUUUAGAACUUUGUCUUGUCUGUUUUGAAUAUUUUUUUUAUAUUGUAGAAGCUGCUGGAACAACAUACCAGAUUUAUCUGUAUCCAAAAUACACUG